GUAGUCUCCUAGUGCAAGUUAAAUCGAGAAACUGUAAGAACCCAACGGCCCAUAUUAAUGCCCACCGAUCCCUCUGUCUCGAUCCCACCUCCUUCGUCUCCGCCGCCUUUUACUUGCUCGUCGCGUCUCUCUCAACGUUCAUCUGCUCGAGGGUGGUUGGAGCAUUAUGUUGGGGUGGAAGGGAAACUACUUCCCCAACGAAAAGCGGCGACACCUUUAUCUUGUACUUGAUGACUGGUCACGGGGAUACAGCAUUCGCAAGAUCGAUUUGUCGGUUGGCAAUGACGGUGAUGGGGAGCACAGCAUGCCACCGGCCAUAUUCAGUUUCGAGGCACCCCGUGCUGGUCCCAAGUACUUUGCUGGUGCCUUUGACUCCAAGAUUUUGGCAAUGCAGCCCGUGGAUCCCCAGUUCAGCUUCAAUCCCAUGGCUGGUAUCCCUAUCUAUGACGUUCGCAUGCGGAGCCUGGUGGUUGGCCCUCGGCAAAGGCCGGAUCCAGUUGACCCCAUCUACAUCCCUGUUGGUGGAAGGCUCUUUGCUCUCUCUGUCGGUUCAUUUCAGCUGCUCUACCCGCCGCCAGAUGACGAGUCUGAUGAUCAAGAGGAGGAGGAGGACUUUGUAUGGGGGUGGCACGCUCUUCCUAAUCCUCCAUUCCAGCAUGAGCAUGUCACCUCCUACGCUGUGCACAGGGAUGGGCGAACUAUCUUUGUCAGCAUUGGCGGUGAGUCCUCUGCCACCUUUAGCUUUGACACAGCGGAGUCUGUGAGGAAUGGUUGUAUGUGGAAGAACCAUGGCCAGUGGCAGCUGCCGUUCUCCGGUCGUGCUUACUUCAUCGCUGAGUUGGACGCCUGGGUUGGGCUCAGCAGAAAACCUGGCACCACCACCAGUUGGCGCAUAUGCUCAAUGGAUGUGAUAUCUGACGAUUGCGAGAAUGGCCAGGCGGUGAAAUACACCAGGGAGGAACUAGCUACUACUGUGUCUGAUCAUGAGUUGGUCACGGGUGUCACCCUCGUUAGCAUGGGUGGUGGAAGCAAAUUCUGCGUCGUGGAGUGCUGCCUGGAUCACUCAGUCUCGGUGCCGUUUAUUCAAUUGGUGACAUUUUCUAUGAUGUAUGGUAAGAAUGGAGAACUUACGACUGGCAAUAGCCGCCAAUUUCGAGAGUACAAAAACAUUCCUCAAGGAGUUAGUAGUGAAAUGCUUGAGAAUCCUGUGGCAUUCUGGAUGUAGAGACCUUGAUAAUGUUUUAUACUGGUACCCUAGCGUGUCUGGAACUCUGAAUCCAUGCUACUUUAUAAGAGCAAGUUUAAUAGUGUAGCCAAAUACUAGCUCCAAAUCAUUUAUAGUCAAUUUAAUAGCCAAUAGUUACGUAUAAACAUAUACUACACUAUUGAUAUCUGGUCUCACCUGUCAUACACACAUUGCGUCUUGCAGUUCGUGCUGCAGAUGGCUAUAAAUAUGUAGCCCGUUGCUCUUCUCUCUAUUCUUUUAUCUUCUCGAUAUAUGUUUAUAGCUAAGUUAUAAUCA